AAGAGCUAGGUGAGUUUUAAUUACAUAAAAAUAAAAUAAAAUAAAAUAAAAAGGAAAAGAUUUGAGUGGCAAUUUGUGUAAAUUGGCAUAGAAAGCAGCCAAAAGUAUUGAUAUGUUAAAAAGGAAGAUGCUUGGCAUGACAACCAAAGACGAACUGGUAACGGUACCUUCGCAUGCAAUUUCGAGGAAGCUAGGAGAAGCCCAGACCUUUUCUUUUGCCACCAGAUAGAUAUAUGCCUCCAUCUCUGCUGCUCUGCUGCAUGAAAUGCCCACGAAAUUUAUUAGCAAAAUGCGGGCAACAAACUCCUGACCUCUUAACCGUACCUUCGUUGUCAUCACCUUCUUUCCCACUCUUUCCACGAACACUUCAUUCUUGUUAAUUUCCUCUUUUCCAUCCUAUUUAUAUUCUUCCCAAUCCAACCCAACACAUUACCAAUCUCCUAUAUCCAUAUACUCAAUUCUCCGCUCACUACCCCAUUAAUGGCGUCCAAAAAUGGUGUUGUUUUCGAGGAUUUCUUUCCUUCCAUGGUGGAGAAACUAGGCGCCGAGGGAUUUUUGGGUGAGCUUUGUAAUGGGUUUCGUUUGUUGAUGGAUGGGGACAAGGGAGUCAUCACCUUCGAGAGCUUGAAGAGGAACUCCGCCGCGCUAGGGUUGCAGGGCAUGAGCGAUGAUGAGUUAAUGAGCAUGUUGAAAGAAGGUGAUUUGGACGGUGAUGGCAGCUUGAACCAGAUGGAGUUUUGUGUUCUCAUGUUUAGGCUGAGUCCUGAUCUCAUGGAAGGAUCAAGAAGGUGGUUAGAAGUAGCACUAGCUAAUGAUAUGUAGUAGGCUUUUUAAUUAAAUUAAUUUGUUGUUUCCAACUCUUUCUCGAUCUCUCUCUUGUAUCCGCGUCUCUCUCUUUCUAUUGUACCUUCAUUUUAGAUUUAUUGCAGCAGAUGAGUUCCUUGAGUAUU